AUGCCCUAUUCCUCAAAUACAAAAGUUGUGAUUAUAGGUUCGGGAGUUUUUGGACUUUCAAGCGCCUACCAUCUUGUCAAGAAUGGGUACAAGAACGUUGAGAUAUUUGAUAGGACUGAUUAUGAGGAAACAAAGUAUUAUCCAUUGAAGGGGUCUGAUGCUGCCAGUGGAGAUAUUAAUAAGUUUUUCCGUAUUUAUUACGAAAACAAGACGCUUUACUCCAAAUUAGCCAUUGAAGCUCUUGAGACUUGGGAGGCAUGGAACAAAGAUAUCUGGAAUCUUUCUCCGGAAGAGAAAGCAAGAUUCAUUGAUGAGGACUUGGAAUUAGUGAGACUUACGGGUGGAUUGAGAAUUGGCGAUGCACCGGAACUCCCCGAUGUGGAGAGAUCCAACUUGAAGGGCUUUGAGGAACUUGGCUUAAGAGCAACCCAGUUCGAUUUAAACGAUGAGAACGAUAUUUUGCGAGCAAAAUUAACUGGUAAUGAUAGGAAGCUUGAAGUUGUGAGGGACUUAUUGAGUCGUCAAAAAACAGCACAUAUUUCUGGAACAUUCGAUAGCAUUGGUAGAAUGCUUAAAGCAGACAAGGCUUGCUUCUACGUAAAAAUUUUGCUAGAGAAAGCUGGAGUAAAGUUCCACUAUGGAAAUGAAGGAACUUUUAAGGGUCUUGUUCAGGAAGGUUCAAAAGUUACUGGGAUAGAGACUGCCGACAGCAAGAUCCAUUUGGCGGAUUUGGUCAUAGCUAGUGCUGGCUCUUGGACAACUUCCUUAGUCACUCAGUUGAGAAAUCGAACCCAAGCGUCUCUUGCCAACAUUAUUUAUAUUCAGAUCCCAAAAGAUCGCCAGGAUUUGAUAGACAAGUACUCUAAUUAUCCUCAUAUCCAGUGGAAAACGACAUCAAGUGAGAAUGAUCGGAAUCAAAACCAUGAAAAUGGAGAAGGUGGGUUUGCUUUUUUUCCUCCAACGAGAACAGAAGGAAUUUUGAAGCUCAAUACAAGACAAAUCAAGUUCUUGAAUCCAAUUAGGAUCGGGGACAAUUAUAUCUCUGUUCCCAAAACACUUGGGUCUGAAAGAUUACCAAAAUCAGUAAUUCAAGAAGCAAAGGAUAUAUUGCUUGCCAUCGCUCCAGAUCUUGCUCGGGUUGAAAACAUCAAACUUCAAUCAAAGUUGUUCUGGUAUACAGAUGCCAUCAAUAGUGAUUUCAUUAUUGAUUUUGUGCCCAACUUGCAAAACUUUAUCGUUGCGACUGGUGGAUCUGCGCAUGCAUUCAAGUUCCUACCAGUUUUAGGAAAAACUGUUGUGGACAGACUUCAGGGGAAAAUUAAUGAUUAUACUGACUUGUUCAGAUGGAAAAAUCCUGACGAUAUUCUAGUGGAUAACUAUGGAUUGAAGAAUGACCACAUCGAGAGAGAUGAAAGACGAAAAUUUGAUAAUGCUGUUCUUUUAGAUGAGACAGAUCUUGGGUUUACUGGAGAUGAUUUAAAGAAAUUAGAUACAAUCAAGUUGGCAUGA